GACAUCUUUUGAGUCAUACCAACAUUCGACACUAUAUUUAACAGUCUGCAACUUGCAGCAUUCCGUUACAUAGUAGGGAGAAGAGUUUAUACAUUACGUUUGUUUAUUAAUUUUAUAGUUAACAGGUACCUCAAUCUCAGUGUAUUAUUUUUAGGGUUAAUCUUGUUGAAGCCAUAAUUCUGUGAUUUGAAAUUCAAGUUGCUUAAAAUGUCGCGUGUUACUACUUUAUUGCUGCUUAUUUGCAUCAACGCGGGGUUAUCUUAUGGAAUGGAGUGCACGUUCGGGAACAAAAACUUCAUAUCACGAGCAAUCAAUUCAUGCCCAGGAUUGCUUGAUCCUAUGGAAAAAUCUUAUUGUUGCUAUGAUAUUUCUAGUGAAAAAAUUUAUUGCUGUGAUGCUAUGGAAUUUGGUUUUCAAUCGUCAUGGAUAGUGCUGGUAACGGUUACCAUAUUAGCCGUUCUGUUUACAAUAAUAGUAUUCUGCAUAUCAUGCCUAUGCUGUAGUUGCUGCCCAUGGUAUCGCAGACGUCAUCGAGGAACAGUUUAUGGAAAAGUACACGUACCUAGUAUGGUACAUGUAAUUCAAUCACCCACGAGUAUUCCACAACCAACUCCACACUAUAUAAACACUGCGUAUCCUACGAGUUCAGCAGGAAUAUCACAACCACCGAUUUAUUCUGAAGUUAUUUAUGAAAAACAAGCACCUUAUAAUCCAAAUUAUAUGUCUUCAACGCAACAGUAACGUCGAAUAAUGUUUGAGGAAGUCCCAUCACAAACCGUGUAUUUUCGAAACGGAUGCUUGUAACAUGAUUUUUCGUUUGCAAGUGUUACUCGUCUUCCCCUUCCAAGACACUAAAGACGCAGUGAAGUUCCGAGUUUUCACUAAUCUUCCUUAAUCCUAAAGAGCUAAGAAAUGGGAUACUCGUACAAUUAUUACAUUUAAAUUACUGCGAUAUUUCAGUUGAACGCAGGAAAUAUCAAGAUCAGUAUUUAUUUAGGAUAUGCGACCUUUUGGACGAUUUUACAAGAUUGUGUCCAAAUGGACAAUUCAAUAAAUUAUGAACAUUUUAUUUAUACGUAGCCAUUUAUUAACAAAAUGAAUUCGGUGCCAUAUCAACUCUAUGAAACUAAUAUUUUUUUUAUAUCUAAAAGACUACUAAUAGUUACAUAACUACACUCCAAAUAGUCAAUUUAUAAGGAAAUUAAUAUACUGAAUUAAUAUGAACAAUGUAUUAUUAAAGCUCAAAUGAAUUUGAAAUAUUAUAGAUACCUUUAAACUGAUGUAAAACAUAAAAAUAUUGUAUGUAUUUGGAUUCACAUUUUUAUAGAAGUUUCUGAUAUUUUUUUACGUAUUAUUUAUAAGUAUAUCUUAUUGAUUAUCUUUAUAUAUUACCAUUGAAUUCUAAUUUAGAUUUUUUAAAAUAUUACUCGCUAUAUAAUUACAAAUAUCUAAAUAUUAAAAAAUAUAUGUUAAAGUGUACUACUAUGUUUAGUUAAUUAUAGACACUACUAUCACAAUGUAUAAUUUGAAAAUAAAAUGUUCGAUUAUUUA